UUGAGCGUUGUCAUGCAAGACCGACCACAACUCCUUCGGCGAAAGGCGAUGGAAGUUCUGUUGAUUUGUGAAUUUAUAGCAUGACAUGAACCUGAAAACUAGAUGAAGGAAACAUUGAGACGGUUUUACUUGGUUGAUGGCUUGCACUCAUGGCUCAUGGUGAUUCUCGGGUUGUAGUUAGGGGAGGAACCAUACUGAACAAGUUUAGGAGAUUCUUGGAGCGACUGUCCCAAGAAAUCGAGGAAGACGACUUAGACGGCUUGAAAUUUCUACUGCAGGGACUAAUUCCAUUAGGACAUCUGGAGAAGUGUAGCAAACCAAGAGACUUGUUUUCGAGAAUGAUACGACAGGAUCUCUUGGGAGAGGACAACUUAGACUACCUUGAGGAACUUUUAACGGGCGUUAAUAGGCUCGAUCUUGUGAAACGUGUAAGAGCUUAUAGACAGAGUGAAUCACCAGCUGUGGAGCUGGUUUGUUUCUCUUUUGGUAUGCAAGAAGCAGAUGUCAAUGUGCAACAAAAUCUUGUGCGUAGCAUGAAUGAGUUUCUGGGUUUUGAUCCCUCAGAAAUACAACUAGAAGGAAGUGAGCAAGUGGGAGUCAAUUGGUGGAAUUUAAAUUUUAAAAUCCCCAAUAGGAAGGAAAUGGUAGACAACCUUCGAUGGGCUGCCAUUCACAAACUCCCUUGGCUUAACCAUUGUGGGGUCAAAGCAGUGAGAAUUGGCAAUGAAUCCCAAAUUCUAUUGCAGCCAAUUACACGCUCACUCUCUUUAAUCACUCCAGAUUGCAAUCACAAUGACAAAAACCUGGACCUGAUUCUAGUUGUUGACUGUGCUUUAUCAAAUCCAGUGCUGUUAGGACGUCUGAAGACUCAACUGAGGUAUCUGAUCAAUGAUAUUUUUGACAGUUUCCAUCUCAGACUGGCACUCAUCAGUUACCAAAACCAUGAAAGGCAUCCACGCCCUGGAAUGCGAUCUGGUGAUCCUCAAAUCAAUAAAACAGCACUCAUACAAAAAUUUACCGACAGAAGGGAUGCCAUGAAAGAAACCAUAGAGAACCUGCGUCGUCUUGGAAGGCCAGGUGGAACAAGAGGGCUAGCAGAUGGACUGGCACUAGCAGUCCAACUCAGUGAAGUUGGUGAUGACGAUGAUAAGUGUCGCAGAAAUGCUAUCAAAGUCUGCAUAUUACUGCCCAUAUUGGAUCAAAGAAAAACUCUUGAAAAUUUUCAGUGUGAACAUGGCCAUGAUGUGAUGAAGCUCUGUCAUCAGCUUACAAAGAAUUAUGUCACUCUUCAUACUAUUGUGGUCCCCCAGCCAGAGCCAGCAUACAUUCCGGACCCAGCACAUGACUUAGUGACAGCCUUUUUCACAGGAAUUUCUCUAAAGACAGGUGGUAAAUUUUUCCAGAUACCCGAUGUCAAAUUUAUUUUUGAGAACCACUGAAGUCUCAGAGAGGAUACUCCAGAGAGUUGUUCAACGGAGAUUCUGGCCUGGAUAAUGAUUAAGGCAUAAAAUUUUAAUUCUGUAUCUGGCAUACAUGCAUGCAAAUUAGCUGGUUAACAUAGAGGUAUGCUACAUUUUGUAUCUGUAUGCAGUAUUCACCCAAGCAAAUUCUACUUCUUUGUAAGAGUCUAGUCAACACAUUUUCAAAUAUUAUUUCAAAGGUGGAGAAAACUCCAUUAGGAUGCCACAUAGUGGAAGAAAUAUUUUAAAAUCAUUCUUAAAAGACAUUUGUUAGAAUAUUGUUGGCUAGUCAUAAGGUAUGCAAUUCAGUGCACCUUAUAAUGAUAUUCCACUCUUGUGAUGUAGUUCAUAUGGUUCAGUUUUACCCUUGGUUCAAAUGUCAUUAUCCUUUGUUUCAAAUGAAUUUGCAUCUAUUCAAUAUUUUUGAAAAAGAAAAAAAAAGGAAAAUUUAAUGCAAACCAAGGAGAAAAUUGAUGGAAAAGCUCCACAGUAUUCUGACUGUGAAAUACCAGCAACUUUUGUGAAAUGUCAGGUGUACCACAAGUAAGAGUUUAAUGUUUGACUAACUAAUACCUUGACAUGAAAACCAGAAGAUGCCAGUUCACAGUCAGUGCUUACAUGAACAACAAGAUCCCCCUUCUGAAAGAGGGGAGAGGAGUGGUUGACUUGUACCCUGGGAUUUCUUUUAGCCAUAUGUAAAGGUACAUUCAUAGUUUAGUAAAUUGAGGAUCUUAUUUCUUAACUUUCUAAACCAAGACCUUUCAUAUCUUAUUAUUAGCUGCACUUUUUAUGUUGUGGUGCAAAUAGCCAAAGGAAGCCCAAGCAUGAGAAUGCAAGGGAGAAUUACAUUAUAAAACAUUUAUUGUCCACUGGACGCUAAAGAGUAUUUAAGCAAUAGACCGCACUUUCCAUGUAUCAGUCUUCCAGUGCAAUAAUCCAUGUAUGAUUUUGGGAAAACAUAUGAAGAAUUUGUAAGUCAUGAGCUGGAGGUAAGUGAUUUACAAAUUUUUUUAAGUGUUCUUCUAACAUUCCUCAUGGGUUAUUAUGCAGGUAAACUAACAGAGAGUGGCCUUUAGCUUUUUUAUGAAAAAAACUGAAAGCAGAACAUAGUUGUCUGAUUAUUUAAACAAAGGUUAGCCAUUGUUUAACAAAACCACAUCCUAAACAAUCCUCAA